UACAUUUGUAUAGGAACAUAUUUAAUUAAAUUUAUUGCUCUUCGUGUCGAUGUAAGUUGACUCCAAUUACACGUAAUAAAUAUUCCAAAGCUACAGCAGGUGGUAGAACUUAGCGAAUAAUUGAUGAUGACGGUGUCGAUAACGUUCUACUAAAACACGUACCACAUAACUUGAUCGUUGUAGGAGAAUAAUCUAAUCAGUAUGCCAUUUGCUAUUGACUAAAAGCAAAAGAGUGUUGGCCAGACGGCUUUUGGCUCUAGCCUAGAUAGCUAGCUAUUUAUGCCCAGAAACCAAUUAUAAUGGACGUGGGAGUUGUCAGGAUAGCGGAGGACAAAGACUUUGAGAAGCUAAAGCAGCUGUACGAUGAUAACAAUGAGUGGAGGCUGGAUUACAACAAACCUGAUCUUUCGGUCUGGACUAAAACUGUGACUGGGACGAGCUUCAGGAUGGUUAAAAUUAAGACAAGAUUUCCUGAUGUUUUACCAGAAACUUUAUACGACGUCCUCCAUGAUCCUGAAUAUAGAAAAGUUUGGGAUACACACAUGAUUGAGUCCAAGGACAUUGGCUUUUUCAAUCCUAACAAUGACAUCGGGUACUAUUCAAUGGCAUGUCCGUCCCCUUUGAAGAAUAGAGACUUUGUUUUGCAUCGUUCAUGGUUGGAUAUUGGGCACGAACAGCUUAUCAUCAAUCAUUCUGUCUUUCACAAAGACCAUCCACCAAGGAAAAAUUACGUGAGAGCUACGUCUUAUCUCACAGGAUACAUAGUGAGGCAAUCUCUUAAUGGAGAUGGUUGUGAGUUGGGAUAUGUAUCACAUACAGAUCCACAUGGAAAAUUACCAGUAUGGCUGGUAAAUAAAGUGACACAAAUAUUUGCACCAAAGAUGGUGAAAAAAUUACACAAAGCUGCCAUCGGUUAUCCGAGUUGGAAAAGUCUCCACAAGGUUGAUCACAAGCCUUGGCAUUUCCCAGAGCAAAUCAGUGCACCUCGAAUACGAAUUGAAGACUGUGUAAAAUCAAUCGAGGAGAGAAAUUCCAAAAACAAUUUUGUUGAUGAAUCAGAAUUAAAGGAAGCGCCCAGUAAAGAAACUACGACUUUGGACAGUGAUUAACGACUUGUCUUUUCGUUGUAGGAUUUUUACAUGUGAUUAAUGCUAGGAUCGUAUAGUCUAGUUGUAUAAGUGAAGUAUUCAUGUCCAUAACCGGACAUCGUCAGGUUGAGUAAUGGAUUGGGGAAAAUCGUGCGUAAAAUUAAUUUAGCUCUUAACGAAAUAAUAUCUCUUAAGCCUUAAAAAAUAUAAUCAUACAGAAUGUUAUCAAUGUUGAUAAUAACUCUUCUGAGUCCGUAUUCAAGAUUAUUUAAGUUUUGAUCAUUAAGACAUCUUAGCUCUGUUUACAAAAAAAAAAAAUUAAAAUAUGGAAGAUAAUGAUAAUGUAGUAAUGAUCAUUCGGUCGUGCACAUAUUUUAUAUUUUGAAACCGGAGUGUAAUUGUGUUGACUUGCUGUGACUCAAUGAUUAAUCAAUGCUUAUGACAAGCUGUUUGACAGUUAAACCUGCAAUCUCAGAAAUCAAGUAAAUGAUUAAAUACCAUUUAAUUUGGUCACAUGUGAUUGUAAGCAUAUUGGUAUUACGCGAUAUGAUAAAGAGUACUAGUGAGGUAUGUAUUAUAAUUGAUACAUUUACAACUCGGUUUUUUUCUCAAUCGUACGUAAAUAACCUAAAUUUUGUAAUUACUUCUAAAUUCAAUAGGUAGAGCUAAAUAUGUUCGGCACAAUGUGGACAUUUAAAUAUUAUACACAUAUGAAAAUAUCAUUUUACCCGCUACUACGUCCGUAAAAUACAAAGAUUCAUAUCAUUUAACUACAGCCGUGUAUUCAAUAAAUCACUAUUAGCAACAGCGGAAACAAAAACCGUAUUCCAUAAUAAUCAUCCUCCAAAUAAUAUUUUCUGUGAUUGCAAAUGAUGGCAGUCAGAACUGAAGUAUUUUCUUUCGUACAGCACGAAUACUAUUAUAUCAAUGAUAUAUUAUAUAUGUUCUAUAAUAUGCUUUGAAAUAUAUUGCUCAUUGUCCUAAGUUUUAACUAUUCCUGAAGUAAAUAUUGGGGAUCUGUGAAAAAUACCGUUUCCUAUGUUAUAGGUACAUAGGUAUACUUAUCAAAAAAUGAAAACAAAAGAAAUGUUUCGAAAUACUAUAUUUUAACUCUAUCGUCAUUAUACUGUAUAGCAUCUUAUGUGAUAAAACAAAAAAAAAUGUAUAUACAAGUGUUGAAAUUGAACUGAAAAUGUGCCGAAUACAUGAGGAAAGGAACAUAAUGACUCAACAAUGUAAUAUUUUUACUGUAAAUUCAAACAGUAGAGUGUAAUCAAUGUUUGAGAUUAUCGUUUUUUUAUUUCUUACGUUACACACACCUAUGUAUAUUCGAAUAUUUACCAUCUGUAAAUAGUGAUUCAUGACUCCAGGUAUUUGGCAAACUCAAAUGCUUGAACAAGUUAAUUCGUAACACUGAUUCGAUACCAACAGUGAAAUAUAUUACCAGUUUGCAUUUAAAUAUAACCAAAGAUUAAUAAGUGCAUUAUUGCUAUGUCACAUCUCAAUGUUACAUUCUAAAUAAUAUUGCUAAAAAUUUCUUGUUCUUCCGAUCCAGUAUACGUAUAUCUCUACUUUAUUCUUACGAUUAAAUAUUUAGCUUUAUUUAAAUUUAAUGAGUGACUAAAAAUUUUCUAACACUCAUAGCUAUUUUGAAUACAAAAACUUUAACUUAUUCAUUGCACAAAUUUGUAAAUGUUACCAAUUAUCAGUUCGUUUUAUGUCGUAAUUAUUACUUAGCUGACGUAUACGGAAAACUAAAUCAUGCUUAGAAGGAAAUCAAUAGUGAGUGAAUAUCUCAGAAUAGCUUACAAAUUGCAAAUAAUUCCUUUUUCUCAAGCAGUAUAUAAAAUGUUACCAGAAAUUUGAUAGUGGGUGUAAUUAGUGAUGUAGUCAUUGAAUCAAUUGUAAAUCAAACUUCAUUCACAUGCCUAAAAGUCUAAUAGAUUGUUGCAUUUUUCUUCGCAAAUUGAAUACUUUAGUUUUAGCGAGUACCAAAAAUUUAAUUAAAAAUCCACCGUUCUUUUUAGCACAAAUUAAUUGCUAGCUAAUUGAUUAUAGUUAAAUUAAUGCGAAGUACUCGGUGGUCAAGACAAAACUAAUCUCACAUUUUGGUCUCUUGGCAUUUGAAAUCAUAUAUCAGCAGAUGUGAUUUCCGGUGCAGUAUUCUAUACUAACCAUAGUAAUGUGCGUUGCACUCUCCGACUUAUCCUAGUCUGCAAUGGUCAAAGAGAACGAUAGUUUGCUAAUAGAUGUAAGUUGAAUGAACUUUACAAUUUUUGAAGACGUUUUUAAUGCCAUGUGCUGGAGAUUUAUAAAGAUAUAGUUGUGAAGCGGUUAUUUAAACGUGUGAUUGUGCGUUGGUUCGAAAGAAAAGUAUGUUGUAUAAUAUAUUCUGUUGCUGCACUUUGUACAUAUAUAUAUAUGAUACAUAACAUUAUGUUUAAUUUAUUCGACGAUGAUUGAAUAAAGUUGUUAAAACUGCGA